AUGGCUUUCAACUUUCGUGGAACCAUUCGAACUUCCGAAGCUCGCCAACGAGUGCUGUGUCUUGAGUUGCUCGUGGAGAUGUGCAAGGUAGGAAGUGGAAUUCCAUCGCUGUUUGUGGACGAGGAUGUGGCGGAUGUUGCGCGAAUAGUAAUCGAACAGAAGAUAUAUGAAGAUGAAGCUUUCUUCCUUUGUGACGUAAGAGAAAUUAAGCGCAACGUUUCUCUGUGGCAGCAAGAACUACCGGAAAUACAGCCAUAUUACUGUGUGAGAUGCUGCUCAGAUUAUGUCGUCCUGAAAAGUCUGAGCUUGAGCGGAGUAAAUUUUGCUUGUGGAUCGAAGCAUGAAAUGCGAAUUUUGCUGGACAUGGGAGUCAACGAAAACCGCAUUCUGUACAACAGUACGACAAAAUGUCCUUCACAUCUGAAGUUCGCCGAAGAAUGUGGAGUGCGGCUAAUGUGUUGUGACUCGGCAGCCGAUAUGAAAAGGAUCAACGGCGACACCGCUAGGUUGCUACUACGCAUUGCUGUGCACGACUCCUCAAAGCAAGCUUUUCUGAAUGAUCAGUUUGGAUGUUCUUUGGGCGAAGCUGAGCAGCUUAUGAAUCUUGCGAAGGAAAAUCAGCUCAGCAUCGUCGGCGUUUCGUUUGACAUGGGCGUAAUUGCCGGCACCGAUGAAGCAUUUUUACUAACACUUCGGAAUGCUCGCGCAGUGUUUGACUUAGGACUACGGAUGGGUUUCCCCAUGACAGUACUCGACAUUGGCGGCGGAUUUCCUAUAGCUUCCCAAAACAAUCAAGAGUUCAAGCAGGUGUGCCACCUGGUUAGCUCUGCACUUAAGACAUACUUUCCUUCGUCAUCGGGAACGACAGUGAUUGCUGAGCCAGGACAAUUUCUGGUGGCCUCAUCCUACACUCUUGCGGCCAAGGUUGUGGGAAAGAGAACCAAAGAAAGCUUUCUGGAUGGUAAAUGCAAAUUCUACAAAGAGGUUUUUAUCAACGAAAGCAAGUACAACAGCAUCCCCAGACACGCAGGCGAAGCAAGAGGAAUAAGUAUUCGGCCGUUAUUGGAGCGCAAUGACCAGCCGCGCAAUGUGUUGACCGCCUUCUGGGCCGCCACCAGCAACCCGAGAGACCUAAUAUUCGACAAGCAGCUUUUCUGGCCUGUGGAGGUCAAUGAGUGGCUCCUGAUCAACAACAUAGGUGCCUACUCGCUAGUGCUAGCUUGCAGCUUCAACGGCUCGGGCAUGCCUCCGGUAGUCUACGUUGCUUCCACACACGACGCUGAUACCGUCAGUAAAGGCAUAGCGGCGGCUUCUGUGAGCAGUGGCUAUCCUCAAAUGGAGCGUGCAAUCAAGUCAGUGCGAGGCAGCACAUAUUGCUGAAUAUUAUCUGUUGCUUUAUCCUCUUCGAUGUUCCUAAAAGGCGCGACAGUAGUGGUCAAGGUCCCCUCGUGAACGGCAGAAUGAAUGUUAGCUAUACUGUGCCAGAAAGCCCAUACAAAUUACCCUCCGUGAGUAGAGCUAAUCCCCCUUUUUUAUUUAAUGUGUAUGAUAGCAGUCGAAAAACUACAUCUGAUAACACGAAGCUGCUUUGGGAUAGAAUUUCACUCCGCAGAACGAAAGUUCAUCCAUGCGUGUUGUGACUUGCUUCAUUAUAAACUUUCCUGAUGAAAGCAAGCUCAUCUGAAAAGGAUUGAUCUCUUAGCACCGAGCAGCGGCUAAUGACUUGCGUGAAUACAAUGAAUUGAAUAGACCUACUGGGACCAUGCCAUCUAUUCACCCGGCUUACAGUAAGCAGUCAUAAAGCGAAGGCUGUAUUCACAUUUCGUGAAAGGAGUAGUAAUGAAACACCAAAUGACGGCGUUCCACUUCCCUGCAGUCUAAUUGAUGUUAUCGGGGACGUCGGGGGGAGCAAAAUUUAUCGGCUGACACAGGAAUGCAAUUAAUGUGCCAGAGGGGCACACGCACACUCCUACACGUGUUCUGCAGGUAAAUUAUGAUUGCAUGAGUGUUACAGUGGAAGAUAGAAUUUCGUGUGCUGAGAGUUCUGUAGACGCUUCAUUGUUUUACCACUUCAAAACUAGACUCAGCAGACGCUGGUUCCCGUCUGCGGUGGAAAGUGCACAUCGAGAAAUGUCUUAUCUCCAACUUUAACCAUGUUGUCGUGAUUUGUGUUGUGCUACAGCAUGCCGCACAGCUCGAGAAAUGCACGAAUAAGUUUGUCCACUACAACAUUUUCCAAAGGACACCAAACUAAAACACCGCGAUUGUUUACGAGCUACUCUGAUGAAUAUUUAUUGAGACAGGACACGAAAAUAUUUGAGCGUAGCUGAGAUGUUUGUUGUGUUUGCUGAUAUUAAUAAAACAUUAUCUCCAUUAGCCGAACUCACUCUGUACAUAAUGGCUUCAUUUGUAUCUUAAGAAAUAAAGUCGUUGUGCCCUCUACAUUAUUUUAUAUAAUAGGUCUUCUCGAGCUAUUGAAUACUUUUCUCAUUUGCGAUCAGUAUUUCAAAAGAACGUGAUCCAUUUCUCGCGGUAUCUAACAGCGCUGAUAACUGUCAGAAUGUUCGUUCAAAAACAUUAUAUCAAUUCAGUGUCUCAUGAUUUCAAAACUUCUGCCGUGUUACGUUGCGCUGUGAUGGCGACAUAUGCUAUAAACAAACUUAACUGGACAAGCUUGUCAUUUAAAUGUUUGCGUUGUUUCCUAUAAUCAUAUGCUUGAAGUUUCUUGCCUGUGCCUCCUUUCUGUAUUUGUCAGAAAGAACUGAUAUUCAUAACUUUACCGAGGAAACAAGUUCAUCUCCACACCACCUAUUACGCGAGAGUAUAUUGGCAGUGGGAAACAAGAUGGCGAACACUUUCUGCAACCGCACCAGAACCAUCUGUUGGUGGCCAUGUUUCAGUAAAUGACCAACAAUUAUUUUGAGGCGUGUUCUCCACAAAAAAUCAGCCCCGUUCAAAUUAUUGUUUAUCUGAAAGAAUCAUACUACCCCCCUCCCCUCCACAGAACCAGAUACGCAAACACUUAGUACAAACCACCUGAUAUGGGCGACCUACAUGAAAUGUACACGAUGGAAUCGGGGAAUUAAAAUGUGUUUCAGCAUAUGCGUAA